AUGUCCAGCAGCGACGAUGACUGGAAGCCACAGAUGCGCCCGGCCGGUCUAAACGCGGGCACCGGACAAAGCGCCAUGAUGGACGCACGCCGUCGAGCCCUGCAGCAGCAGCGAGAAGCUCAGCAACGGCAGCAGCCAUCGCAGCCACGACCCGCCACGGCCGGCCGUCGCGAAUUCGCGUCCCCCACGACGGUGGUGCCGGCCAUAAGGGAGAGCGAGUUGCCGAACUUCCUCACCGGCUUCGACGACGGCGGUGCGGAGACCGGAGCGUCGGCACCGGUGCGCUCUCCCACGCAGCUGACGCGGAUUUUUCCCGCCGCGCCAGCGCCAUCGUCGUCUGCGUCCGCCGCCCUCUCCGCACCGCUGCCGCCGACGCACGAGGCAACCGCAGAGGAGCUGCAGCGUCAGAUUGCGGCCAAGAAGAAGCUGCUGCAGUCUACUAGAGAACGUGAAGCUGCUCUCGUUGAGAAGUGGCGUGUGACAAAGGCGCUGAAGCAAGCUGAGGUGGAACAGCUCAACGGAAAAAUACGCCGUGUGUGGGCCGCUAUCGAGGACGAGAAGAGCGCCGCCGAGACGACAAUACGCGAGGCACAAGAUCAACACGAGACAGAACUGCGAGACGCACGGCGCAGAGUGGAGCAGGAGGUUAAGGCAGAGUACGACGCGAAGAUGGCGGAGGCGCAGAAGCAGCUGAGCAGCGCCAAGGCAGAGGAGGAGCGUCUGCGACAGCUGCUGGGGGACAAGGGUGACUCUGCAGCUACCAAGGACGCAGUGAACAUCGCUUUAACGGCCGCGAUCACCGCCGUCAUGCACAAACUCGAUGAUGUGUUUCAAUCAGAGGCAGAGGACGGACUACGCAUGGAGGUGUGGAAGUCGGAGCUGCAGGCAUCUGUCCAGCGCGAAAUCCACACUUCGUUCGCGGUGGGGGUCGAGAGCGAAACGCAGGCGGAGCGUGACGAGUACGAGCGCUUCUUUGGCGAGAUGCUGGCCUUCUGGCGCUCCGCCGAAGACCAAGAGCGUGAGCGGCUGCUCAAGAUGGACGAGUCGUUGCUGACCGACCUGCAGUCCAUGGCACAGCAGGACCUGCGGCGCCUGCAAGACGAGGAGCUGGGCAUGGAGCGCGUCUACGUCGAGUCACGCGAGGCGUGGGCAAUGGAGCACCAAAAACUGCUUCAGCGGGAGCUCGAUGGCGCCCUGCAACGGCGAGAGACUGAGCUGCAGGAGCAGCGUAAGCAGCGCCACGACCUGCACGUGGAGCGUCUGCGCGACGCCGAUGCGCGACAUCAAGAUGUCAUGGCGCAAGAGGAGGCGCUGCACCAGCAGAAAAUGGAGCAGCUCCGCGCCUUCUUCAGCCGCGAAGAAAACCUGCGAGCGGAGCAGCAGCGUAUCGAGUCCGCUGCACAGGAAAGUGUCGUUCAGUCAGCCAACGUGCUGCGGGGCGUUAUGGCGUCCACCGAAGAAACCGUCGCGGCGGUGAAGUCCUACGAGCAGGCCGUGGAAGAGGCGCGGCGACAAGUGGAGGUUGAGCGUGCGCAAUACUUCAAGGAGCAGGAAAGCCUUCUGGAAAAUCUGCAGAGUUUAGCCGCCACGCAGUGCAGCAACACGGAUGCGGAGCGCAAGGCUCUGGAGGACUGCGCGGGGCAGCUGCGCCUCACCUCGCAGACGAUGGAGCGCCACCUCCAGGAUGAAGCGGCGUGGCUGGCCCAGCAGGAGGCCACCGACAAGCACAGCCGAGACGAGUGGGGGCGCGAGUAUCGGCGGUGGCAGCAGCUCGUUGAGCAGGAGCGCCACGCAGCGGAGGAACGCUUCCACGAGGCCCUCACCGGUCUCCAGCAGAGCACCCAGCUGUUGGAGGCGGAGGAACGAGACGUCGCCGUGGAGCGCGCCGCACUGCAGCGCACCUUUGCCGAUCUGGAGGCGGCUGCGCAGCACGAAGUGGAAGCCCUCCAGCGGCGUGCGGCCGACGUGCAGAGUCGGUCCGUCGCGAUGGCGGACGCGCAAACGCGCCUGUCCCAUCAGAAGGACGCGACGGCAGCAGCGAAGAAGAGUCUGACGCAGGCCCAGCAGCGGCUCGAGGAGGAGAGGGCGGACUUGCGCGAGGAUGAGGCGCGGCUGCGCGACAUGAUCGAGGCUCUGCGCAAGGCGCGAUCGCGUGCGACGCUGCACCAGCAGAGAACGGAGCUACUUCAAAGUGGGGAGGCGCAACAACAGCAGCUGCUGCAGCAACGAAUGCGCCAGCUUAAUCAGCGCACUGUGACGGCGCAGUACGAACAAGAGGAGGGUAAUUUUACCGAAGCUGACGGCCUCAGCAGAGGCGUGCGAGAUAUGGUGGGUGAUGGAGGCCGGUUCGGCAGCAAAGGAGCGCAACCGCCACCACCACCACCUCCAUUAUCCUCCUCAUCACAGAAUGCAGGUGCGGGCAGAUCUGCCAACACCGCCGACGCUGCUGGGAGUGCCGCUACGGUCAUGAAAAAGCGACGGCAUCGCAGCGAUCCAAACCGACUACCCAACAAGCUAUUUCGCGAGCUAAAUGACCAGCUGAAUCACCUUGUAUCUGGCGGAGGGGGAGGAGGGAAUGACGGCGGCGGAGAAGCCUUCGUACCGACGAUGCGAUGGACAGACCCUGCCUACCCCUCCAUUGCGCUCCACCCUCAUCACCAGCGUGACCAAGCUGCGAGUCAGCGCAAGAGCCACCGUCUGCGCAAUGUUCCUUCACCUGCCAAUGACCUGCCCCCGCCCCUCUCCGCUUCACCGCAGUCGGCGCGCCGUGAACGGCGAGUACGGCCACAGCUGACUCCCUCUCCAACUCCGCAGCAACAGCAACAGCAGAGACAGCAACGCGCCGAGGAGCCCGCACGUCACGUCGAUCCGUCCUCGCUGCCCCUAACGUCGGAGAGCUCGCCGUCCUUCUCGCUGCACGGAGACAACGAUUGGUCCCCCAGCGCCAACACCUUUACAAAUUUGGUGGACUUUUCCGACGUCGACACGACGACGCAGUCGAUGCGGUAA